AUGGAGAAAGAGAUGUUGAAGGAUUUUAGCGUGGAGAUCGUUCGAACCUCCAUCGUGCAAUCGCCUCUACCCACAAAAGAUUGCACGCUCAGAGGCUCCAACAUAGAUCUCACUGUUCCUGCCAUUAGUCCGGGGCAUUUCUUUGUUUACAAAGCAGUGCAAGAUAAGACAUACCAAGAGAUGUCAAACUCGAUUAAGAAGGCGCUCUCUCAGACACUAGUAUUGUUUUAUCCAGUGGCUGGAAGGUUUAUCAUCGGCCAUAAAGGUGAGCCUGAGAUAGAGUGCAAGAAUCAAGGAGUGCCGUUCAUUGAAGCUGAAUCUGACGCUGCCAUUAAGAAUCUUGAUUUUUCUCAGCCAAGUUUUACUGCUGCUAAACUGGCUCCUAAGAGGAACCCUCUUCGAGAAGAACCCUCUUGGUGUGUUCCUGUUCUAGCUGUACAGGAAGAAGGCACAGGCACAGUAAGAUUGAGUAGAUGGGAUGGACAGCAGUCUAUGGAGGAGUAG